CUAUUUGUUUCAAGGUUCAAGAUUUUAUUGCUUGACUGUUAUUCUGUAUUUUCUAUUCUUUUAAUGAUGUUAGCAUUGAUGGUUUUUUUUCUAUUUUUGUUCUUGAGAUGACCACAAAUGUUACUUUAGUGCGUAAAAAUCAUGAUGGGUUUUUGUUCCAUUAAGAGUUAAUUAUCUCGAUGAAUAGUGCUACAAUCAAUGUGGGAUUUUGUCUAAUUUUUUUCUUUUUUUGGUAAUUAUUUUGGAAGAGCUUUGAGUUUAUUGAAUACUGGUAUAUGGGUGUCUUUUAUUUGGUUUCUAUAAAAUGGCUACCAAGUUUGCAACUUUUGUGGUUCCUGGGGAAGUUACUGCUGCGAAGGGGUUCAAAGCGGCAGGGAUAUAUGGUGGAUUGCGUGCCGAAGGGGAGAAACCUGAACAUGCACUUGUUAGUUGUGAUGUUGAUGCUACAGUUGCAGGGCCGUUCACUACCGACAUGGUUGCUGCUGCACCGGUAUUAUACUAUAACAAUGCGUUAGAUACUUCAAAAACGGUAUUCCAGAGCAUUAUUUUUGCGUUGCUUGUAUUCGGUUACCUGUAAUUCAAAUGAAGUAUGAUCUUGUAGUGACUCAGGUCAUGUAAGUGAAUUAUGUCACAUGAAACUGCUGUGAAAUGAUGGCAAGUACUAUUUUUUGCCUUAAAAAAAAGAAAAAGAAAAAACAUUCAGCCACAGUCAACUGUUGCUUGUUUCCAUUUUUUGAAAUAAUGACCUUCAUGCCCAGUAGACACGACUUUGGAGAAAGAUGGUGCAGAUUUCUUCACUGAAUCAAAGAAAUUGCUGAUGGUAUUGUAGUGAUAUUUGGAGAAAGACGGUGCAGAUUUCAGUGAAUCGGAGUUUCAACCAUUUAUUUGCUUUUUGAGACAAAUGAGAGAAGCAGCAGGGCAGACAUACACGGAGCACGGUGGCCAUAUUUGGGUGGAUCAUCCCAGAACCUUUGGCCAUUCCCUCGACUCUUAUAUUUGCCCCUCCAACCUGAGGCAUUUAACAAACUUUAAUAGACUGUCCUUUUGCUAUGAAUUCAUAUUA